AUGAAAGAUUCCUUUAGCGAGGCUGACAAUUUUAUAGAGAUUGUCAUCCAGAAACAAAAAGAGCAGUUGUCUGCAGAGCUUAACAGAAUCGAUGCGCAAAUGAUGCGGAGUGUUACUAGGGUGCAGAAAUCAGAGAUGGCGUAUGAACUCCAUGGUCUCCUUGCUGGAAAUGUCAGCAUUGUUACUGGAGAAAACAUCAAGCCUUCUUACGUUGGAGAUGAUGAGGCCUUUCUGCGGAAGGUCAUUACACCAAUCUACCGAGUAGUUGAAAAGGAAGCAAGUACAAAUGCCACUGGCAAGGCUGCUCACUCAGAUUGGUCCAACUAUGAUGAUCUAAAUGAAUAUUUUUGGUACGUUAAAACUCAAAGGGAAAAAAGGGUCUUUCAGAAAAGCGAGAAACACAUACAAAUCAAUUUCACCGAGACUCGAACAUUUUGGCACAUAUAUCACAGUUUUGACCGACUCUGGACAUUCUAUUUGUUAGCACUCCAAACUGUGCAUCUCUGGGACACGACAUCUUCUUACGGAGAUGAGCUAAGCCGCAACCCCAAUUGGUUUCUUUUGGUCCCAAUUGUAUAA